AUGUCGUUUUCGGCGUAUCAGACAAAUGCAAAACCUAGGGGACGACGUGGCAGCCAUGGGGAGGCAUAUGAGAGGCAGGAUCGCAGCAGAGCCUCGAGUUCUGCUUCGAUGAAACUGUCGAAAACGUUAUCAAGAACUCUCGAUGAGGUCUCAGUUCCAAGAAAUAGCCGGCCGAGUUCACCAGCCGUCUACAUUCACCGCCAACGGGCACUGGACCUCAAGUCGCCCGACCGGAGCAAAGCUUCAUCCCGGCAUUCCGCAAGCGCUCUCAGAUCCGACAGGAUUGCCCCCUCAAAAUUGGAGGAUGGCGCAAUCCAAGUGCCAGAAUUGCUGGCUGAAGCGAAGCCAUGCAUCAAUCAAUCGGAGGAUGGAAAUCACCCGUCCGACAGUACCAUAACGGGCACAGGCCCUGCUUCGUCCUCACAGACUCCCACACCCGCACCGAACAAAGCCAUUGAGCCCGACGUUGGAGUCACAGAGUCGCAACAGCCUUCUCAAAGUCUUGGUCGUGAAACACAAUCAUCCAGAUCCUUAGCAUCAAUGCCACUAACAGUUGCCGAAGAGUCUGACAAAAAUAUUGAUACUCUACCAGUUGCUGUGUCGCCAAAACCGUCUGUGUCUUCUCCUCGUUCCGCUGCCGCAAUAAUGUCAUCCGCCAGAGCAUCGAAAUCUUCCCUCCAUGAAGACGGGGUCCUGUCAUCGCCUAGAACUUCGAAAUCUUCCCUACCCGAUCUUAUUUCUGUUCCAGAAACUAGGAUGUCUGUGUCUUCUUUACACGACUCGCUAGUGGCACCCUUUCCCAAAGCUUCGGUAACCUUUCUUCAGCCUUCCAUCAUCCCACAUCUACCCGAAUCAGGAGAAGCAGAAGUGCCAGCUCCUGUCAUGUCGAGUCCUGCGUCAGGAGCGGAUGGGAGAGAUCCUCCUGACUUCCCUCCCAAAGCGCGUUCCCCACUAGCGUCGCCACCCCAGUCACCCAUGCUUCAUCAAUACGUGGGCAGUCCUCCACCCCAACAGCCAGCUCCAUACCCGUAUCCAUACCCCCCGUCUUUUAUUGGCAGCCCGCCCUUCCAGCCUGGAUUUUACCCCACUCCAUUCACGUCCCCCACUGCGCCCUUUAUUCAAUCUGAGAUGGUCCCCAGAGCGGGCUCUGCAGGGGCCGAGGACGAACGAGCGCGAUUGCUAGAGAAAGUGUCUAAUGUUCUUCCCGACAUCAAUCGACUGUUGCAAUACUAUCAAGAAACCCAGGGCCUUCUCUCGGAGAAGGAUCAUUUGGUCAAACAAGCCGAGUCGCAACACGAAGAAGAGAUCAGCAAAUUACGGAUUGAGUUGAGUGUGACCAAGGAGGAGUAUGAGAAAAUCAUAGGCGAGCAAGCCGGCGAAAAUGUCAAGCUCAAAGGGGAGGUCGCGGACCUUGCCGAGAAGCUCUCGCUCUCGGAGGAGCUUUCGCGGGGGUCGGCGAGUAUGGAGGAGGAUCUGGCCAACUUGCGGCUAAAGUACAAGUUCCUCGAAGACGACAUCGAGACUCGGGAAUCGCACAACGAUCAGCUUCUGACGGAAAAGCAGGCGCUAGAAGCCCAACUCGGGGAAAUCAAGAAACAGCUGACGGAUGAUCGAGCGCAGCAUGACCGUGUGUUGAUGGAAUUGAAAGAGGUACACCAGAGACAAAUGGCAGAAAAGGAAGACGAACAUGCCAGAGCACUUCAUGACCAAAAGACCGGUCUGGCGAAGAUUCAACUUGACUUGGCAGGUAUGAUCACAAAGCACACCCAGCAGAAAAAGGACCUAGACUCGGCGCGCGCCCUUAUUUCCGAACAUGAACAUUCUCUCGCAACAAAAACGAAAGAGCUGGCUGAUGCGCUGCAUCUCCACAAAACUGAAUUGGAAGCGAGAACCAAAACUGCUGAAGAGAAAGCCCAACAACAUAAGCAGGAGAUUUCCGUGUGGUCGCAGCAAUUAUCCGAGUCGAUAGCAAAGUACGAAGCCGAAGUCAUCUCGCUCCGUGACUCUCACCAAAAAGAGAUUGAACAAGUACAAAAAGCAGGGGAAGAACGGUUGUCGGAGCUGAUUGAGGAGCAUAAGCGACGUGAAGGGCGGCUUCAGGCAGAACUGGAGGCCUUACGGUCCGAAAAUGAAGCAUUGGAAGCCGACUUUGUCAAGGAGCGGGAUGUUCGGGACAACUUGAAGACCGAGCUUGCAACUGCGCGGGAGGCGCAUGAGACUUUGAAAAGCCAGCAUGACCAAGUUAACAAGCAUCACACCGAAUUAGCAGAAGCUAUGCUCAGUUUGAAGACCAAGCAAGCGGAAUGGCACCAAGAGAGCGAGAGAAUGGAACGAAUUCUGCAGAGUCUUGGACGCCUUGGUUCAAACAAUUUUCAGGGCAAAGGAGACCAGUUCUUUGUAAGUGCCUUCGAUCAGCUGGCGUUGUCGGUGGAAGAAAUUUCGAAGCAAUUCUUCUACAACAGCGUAACCGGUGUUCUCAACCCCAGAGGCGGAUCUCCGUGGAUUGGUGUUCCAGAUAUCAUGGGAGCUUCGGAAGCCGCCCGAGGUCUUCGAUGCCUCGUGGUCCAAAGCCAGAUCUUCUCUGUCUUGAAUCGGCGGAUAUUCCAGCCUUUCCUCUUCACAUCGGCCUACGAUGAAUGCGACUUGGAAGCAAGCUUGUCUUUCGUGUCAAGAAUGAUCAGGGUCAAGAGCGUGCAUCGAGAAGCAGUCUGGAGGACUAUUACAAUGCGAGCCAUAUAUGCCAGCGCGUACGGACGGAAAGCCACGGGGAUCGCCGCAACCUCCGCCUGCCAGGAGAUCAUGCACAGAAUCCAGUCGAUGACGGACACCAAGCUCCGGUCAGCAUUGCUUCAGGCGGUCCGACUGGUGGCCAAAGCGGCGGUUCAGAUAUGGCGCCGAGUCCGUCUCGAAUGGGACCUCAUCUAUUCAAACAUGCCUUCAUCAUCGCAGACGGGAGAAACCUAUGACCCUUCUGAUGUCCUGUUGUGGGUGCGACCACAUAUUGUGAGGGAAAUAGUAACUACCAGUACAGAGGGAGAGGUAGACGGAGAUUCUGAACGCCAGAACCCUCCGAUCGGUGCUUGCCGCAUCUAUCUGCAGGGGACGGCGCUCCGUCAAGACUCUCCACUGGUGCUGGCUAGGCGGCAGGAACUUUUGGCCGGAGUUGGGAGGGAAUGA